AUGGGGGGUAGGGAGAGGGGAAGGCAGAGGUAGGCCAGAACGGAGCCAAGGCUGGGCAGCGAGAGUGUCAAUGCAGGAGAGACUGUGGGGAACAGGGGGCAGGAACAGGAGGUACCUGAAGGUACACACUGACCCACACCCUGACCGACACAGCAUGGACACCUGCUGACAUGACAGGACUUAGCGAUGCAUGCAAACCCACACUCAGGAAGCUGAGCCUGCUUCGGAGCCCUCUCCUCUUCUUUGGCUACACCUCCAGGACCCCCUGCUAGGGCCAUCAGGGAAGUGCUAUGAGCUCCAGGGAGUAGCCAUGUGGUCCAGUGGGGGCGGCCCACCUGUCAGGGCAAAGGUCCCAGCCGAGGCAGCAGCAGUGUCUUCUUCCCUGAAUCCAGGGUCAGGGAGAAGGGUGUGGGCAGGUGGGCUGUGGGCCGGGAAGUCCAAAGUGCUGGAGGCAGGGGGAGGCUCUUUGUGUAAGGGCGCCCAAAUUCAAGGACAACUGUUAGCACGCAGGCAAGGGGUCUGAGAGUGCCAGCAGCUGGGGUGGUAGAACAAGUGUGACCUGAAGAAGCAUAAGCCUGUGUGCGAGCCUGUGUGUGCCCAUGUGACUGCGUGUGGCCAUGUGACUGUGUGCGCUUGUGUGUGACCCUGUAUGAGUGUGUGCCUGCCUGUGUGCCACUACAUGGGACCAUGUGACUCUAAGGCUGCUUUGCGCCCAUGUGACUGGUGACCCUAGCUGAGAGUGUCUGGGUGGCUGCAUGUCUGACCCUGCACGAGUAGGUGGCACAGGCCUGGGUCAGCAUGCAGCCCACCCUGAGGGGACUCCAGGAUUGACAGUGUCUGAGAGGCUGAGUGUAACCCUGAAGAAGCCAGAGCCUGUAUUGUGUGGGGUGUGCAUUUGUGACUUUGAGGUUGUGAGACCCAUCUCAUGCCUUGAGAACAGCUGCAGUUACCGGCAUGAAUAAUGCUGCCUGCCUGCAGUUUGUCCCUGUGAAGGUGUCCCCUGGUGGACGCCCUGGCACUGUCUCCAAUGCAGCAUCUUCCUGGUCGUCUGUCCUGGGGCUGAGGAAGGCCCCCAUAAAGGAUUAGGGCCUAGGGGAAGAGGGCAAUGCGGAACAAGGAUACCUCAACGACUACGCGGGGCCUGCCUCUGUCUACGAUGGCGACGCCGAGGCGGCCCUGCUCAAAGGGCCGUCCCCGGAGCCCAUGUACGCUGCGGCCGUGCGGGGAGAGUUGGGCCCGGCGGCUGCGGGCUCGGCGCCGCCGCCCACCCCGCGCCCGGAGCUGGCCACAGCCGCGGGUGGCUACAUCAACGGCGAUGCGGCGGUCAGCGAGGGUUACGCUGCUGACGCCUUCUUCAUCACUGACGGGCGCUCCCGCCGCAAGGCCGCCAACGCCAAUGCCGCCGCCGCCCCCUCCACGGCCUCGGCGGCGGCCCCCGACGGCGACGGCGGAGGCGGGGCCGGGGCAGGCACGCGCGGUGCGGGAUCGGGGGCCGGGGGUCGGGGCGGCGCGCGCGCGGGGGCGAGCACCGAGGCGCGUGCGGGGCCUGGGGCCGGCAGCGCGGGAGGCCGGCAUGCGUGCGGCGAGUGCGGCAAAACGUACGCCACGUCGUCGAACCUGAGCCGCCACAAGCAGACGCACCGCAGCCUGGACAGUCAGCUGGCGCGGCGCUGCCCGACGUGCGGCAAGGUGUACGUGUCCAUGCCGGCCAUGGCCAUGCACCUGCUCACGCACGACCUGCGCCACAAGUGCGGCGUGUGCGGCAAGGCCUUCUCCAGGCCCUGGCUGCUGCAGGGCCACAUGCGCUCCCACACCGGCGAGAAACCCUUCGGCUGCGCGCACUGCGGCAAGGCCUUCGCCGACCGCUCCAACCUGCGCGCGCACAUGCAGACGCACUCGGCCUUCAAGCACUUCCAGUGCAAGCGCUGCAAGAAGAGCUUCGCGCUCAAGUCCUAUCUCAACAAGCACUACGAGUCGGCCUGCUUCAAGGGCGCCGCCGCCGCCGGCCCCCCGGCCCCGGCGCCCGCCGCGGCGCCUCAGCUCAGCCCCGUGCAGGCCUAGGGCGGCGUGGCCUCCGCCGGCCGGGUCGGCUCUCAGCAAUACGGGCCCCCAGGGAGGUCUCCGCCGGCGAACGGGCGGAGGGGCCGGAGGGCGGGCCCCUCCUCACAGCAAUAGGGGGAGGGGGCCCGGCCCCGCCCCGCCCGCCGGGGGCCCUGCCGGCCCCUUCAAGCAAUAGGGUCCCGAGGGGAGACCCACCCCGAGCCCCCUCCCUUCCCCUCCAGGGUGCCCCAGGCUUUUUCCCAGCAAUAGGGUCGAGGAGACCCAGAACCGAACCUCAUCUCCGAGUUAGGUCUCUGAAGACCGGGGUGGGGUGAGGUAGGGAGCGCCCCCUUCCUCCCUCUUCUGCGCCCCUGGAUCGUGUCGCAGAGACUCAGGUCUUCCCCACCCCUUCCCAAGCCUUCCAGGGCCAGGCCUGCGGCCUAGACGUCCAGGGAGCCGGUCCCUCCCCAGCAGCAGGCGGGGGAGGGGCAGGAUGGGGGGCUGCAGAGGCGUCCCUACUCCUCAGUGUUCGUUGAACCCCAGGAGUGUUAGACGCGUUGGGGAUCGGGGAGGGGGGCGGAUGGCGGCACCUCUCUCCCUUGGGUUCCUUCUGGGCCCUCAGUCCGAGCCGCUCUCCUACCCUCGCCUCGCAUCCCCUGCCAAAUCCGAAUUCUUCCAGCCCAGCUUCCCGGGCUCUGUCCUCCAUAACGAAUAAUAAUGACGCAUAUCAAAUCGCAUGGACUUAUCCGACCUCCUCAGAACCCGCUCCCGCCCUGCCCCGGGGCCCCCUCCCUCGUACCCGGGCAUUCGGUGUUGGAGGACGGAUUUCUGGGGCCCGGCAGGCAGGCCUGGGCACAGCCCUCUACACACCUCUCUGUAUUCGCUUUGCGGGUAAAGUCUCCUGGGGGGGGGUUGCGGAUGCGUCGGGUUUCUUUCUGUAUUUGUACGUUAUAUUUAUGAACGGAUUGCACUCGGGUCAGGGAAGGGGCGCUGCGGCCCCUAUCCUUCCCGCCGACGCCAGGGGUUUGGGAUGUCCUGGAUCACUUUCCCCGCCCCUGAACCCCGCCCCACCCGGGCUCCGCCUCUUGGGAGCCUCAGGCCCCGCCUCUCAGAGGCCGGUCCCCUCCCUGGAACCCCAGGCCCCGCCCUCACUCUGUUGCCAACUUACGCCCGUCUAUGCCAAAGCCUCGGCGGCGACACCGCCCCAAGGGCCCGCCCCAUUGGCCGCCGCCUUUGUGACGUCACUGCAUGCAGCCCCACCCACCUCCCGUCCCUUCCCGGGGCUGCCCGCUCCCUGUCCCUCUUAGUUAGUCCGAAGCCGACUAUAGAGCAAUAAUGCGCACUGCAUGCGAAGCUGCCGCCGCCUCUAGAGUUACUGAGAAUCAGGUAUCCCCCUGCCCCACCCACCCCAUAGGCCCCUAGAUCAGGGACGCUGCGCGGGGCCGGACGCGCAGACUUUCUUCCCCCUCCUCCUCCCUCCUCCUCCUCCUCCCCCCCACGGCAGAGGCCGGCGGGUGUAAUGGUUUCAGGGGCGGGGCGGGGUGGUUGCCCCCCAAGACCCCUCCUUUAGUCGUCCAUCACCCACCAAUCCUUCAUUAGGCACCAACUAUGUUCCAGGCCCCCUUCUGAGUCCGCUAGGGACGUGGCGACCUGCGGGGUGUGUGUGUGUGUGUGUGUGUGUGUGUGUACGUUUGUGACGGGCCCAACGGGCUUGGGUGGGCCAGGGAUGGCCACAGGUGCAGAGAGAGCCGCGGUCCCUAGACCUAACCGUGGCCCCUCACUCCUCCCCGCCCCAGCGCCGAGCUAGUGCUGGGGGCAGUGGGGCUCUGCCUUUGACUUGGGCCUGGGUUCUCAGCUCAGGUGGCACAGACCGAGGGCCCCAAGGCCCAGCGCCACCAGGGCCACCCAUACCGAAUCCCAUUCCUUCCAUCCCCUGGCAAUGAGGGCUCUGUCACGUCAGUCCAGGGCUCCAGGCCAGAAGAAAAGGUGCACGCUGGAGCAUUUGACCUGGCUAGCCCCAUCCCCGUGGGUACCAAGCCCAGCUGCUACUCCGCUGCUCCUGCAGCGGGGCACCUGGACCUGAGAGGCCAGCACAGCAGAGCCCACGUCCAAGACCCCUACAUCCCAGCUUGGUGUUCACACAGCUCCCAAGCUGGGGCCUGCCCCGCUUGCGCUGGGCACACCUGCAUGCACACGCACACACAGGCACCCCACUCUACCCCACAUGCCUAUCUACCUACCUAAGGAGAAGGCCGGAGGGCUGUGGGCCGGCCAGGGUCUCCUGCUUCUCCCCACACCCCGCCGCCGCCGUGGAAAGCCAUGGGCCCCCUCCCGCCCCCAUAACUAAGCAGCACAAUAACCGACUUAGCGAAUUCAGGUAGAAGGAACGUUUAGGUAGCACCUAUUUUGUACUGAUUCUACGAGUAGGGCCCGAGAUGCGGGGGCCCUCGGGUGGGGGCUGCGGCCGCCGGCCCGCCCCGCCCCCCACCCCCGCCUGCGCCCCGCCGCCUUGUACAUACUCCCACCCGGAACAGGCCGGGAUUUUUACUCGGGCCGCGCCCCUCUUCCGCCCCCGUUUGGGGCCGGGCCGGCCGGACAGACGGACGGACGGACAGACCUCCUUCCUAAGCACAAUAGCACCAGCUCCCCGGAGCACCGCACCUCCACGAGGAGAAUAAAUGCCACUCUUGAUAGAA